ACAACAAAAAACAGCAAUUUUGUAUUAAGUUACCAGUGUCCAGAUUGCCUGAAAGUGUACAAGAAGCUGUGUAAUUUGAAGCAACACCUGAGAAAUGAGUAUAGCCAACCUCCUCAAUUCCAGUGUCCAUACUGCCCUCAAAGAACCACACAGCAAAGCAGCUUAAGACAACAUAUCAUUCAGAGACAUGACGGGUUUCAGCAGAACUUUGUUCAUGAUACACAUUCCAUGAGCUCAUCUUUAACUUGUAAAGUUAUGGUUGGGUUUUCUGCUUAUGUGGAAACCAAUACUCUUUUUUUUACCCUUACGGUUGGUUCAUUUGUUGUUUUAUAUCCACAUGCAUAUGUGCCUGGGUGUUUAUUUGGUUUUUUUUCUAAAUGCAGGAUAAUUUUGUUUGUUUUUUAUGCUGUUGAGGUAUUUAAGGUUUAUGGAGGACUUCCUUAUCCAAUUGGUCAUCCAGUCAUAAUUUGUUUUGUUCUUACUCAAAAUAACUCAUCUGAGUGGACAUCAUUUGCUGACAGUUAUCCUCUGGAAGACACUGAGCAAUUUAUUCAACACAGUGCAGAAAAGCCACUUAACCAAGAUGAGUUCCAGUGUCCAGCUUGUGACAAAAUUUACAAAUAUAAAUCAAAUAUGAUUCGUCAUUUUCGCCAUGAAUGUGAAUCAGCCAGUUGGUCAUUUUUAACCAACAGUGAGUCAGGAGACAUUCUUCAGCAGCUUCUUCAGAACAGUGAUAAUCAGUCAAAUCAUCAAGAAGUGUUUCAUUGUCCAUCUUGUAGGAAGAUGUACAAAUACAAGUCAAAUAUGAUCCGCCACUUUCGCCAUGAAUGUGGUAAGGAGCCACAGUUUCAGUGUCCCUACUGUCCAUAUCGUUUGACACAGAAAGGCAAUCUUCUGACCCAUAUUAAAAGAAAACAUUCAGAUACUCAGGCAAACAUACAAGCUUCUCCUGAAUUUUUCAAUGUUUAAAAAGCAUGGACAUUUGAAGAUAAAAAGUACAGUAAUUAGACACUGAGUCAAAGUAAGCUUCAUUAAAAUAAAAAAUGUACAAUUUAUGUUAUUCUUCACUUCACAGACAUUGUA